AUGGCGGCUGCUGCAGCUGCAGCAGGAGGCCGGAAGCAGCGUCGGGAGCGGACGACGUUCACCCGAGCCCAGCUGGACGUGCUGGAGGGCCUGUUCGCGAAGACGCGGUAUCCCGACGUCUUCAUGAGGGAGGAGGUCGCUCUCAAGAUCAACCUGCCCGAGUCCCGAGUACAGAGUUCUGGGGAAUUGACUCAGGAGCCCGUGAUGGCAAACAUAUGGGGCCAAUUUGCUACGAUAAGGGAGAUGUGGGAAAAGGCACGAGUUCUUGGGCAAACAAUCAUUGCGAGGCUUGGAGGAAAAAGGGAAGAGAAGGAGGCGAUGAACCGGAGCCCACCGACCAAGAGUCUCACGCCCCCCACGCCGCCGUCCAUCUUACCCACCACGACCGCCAACACGCCCACAUGGUCGUCGGUGCCAGAAGACGGCUACAAUUCGACGGUGUGGUCGCCGUCGUUCGGGUCGGACUAUGGUCAGGCCGGGGGCUCCUCGGCUCCGACGACCUACAAUGCUCCAGUGCCGCCCAACGGCUCUUCGCCCAAGACAGGCUACACACCGCAUCAGACCUACUCCGCCAGCGCUUAUUACGGCAACGUGAGCAUGGAAUACUUCCAUAGCCCCCAGUUCAACAUGGCAGCGCAGAUGCCCGGAUUCGGCCAGAUGGGAAUGUACGGUUACCAUCAUCACCAUCAUCAGCCCUACGCCCCGAGGAGUGUCGGGUACCCUCAGCUCACCGGGCAGGACUGUUCUGCGGCCGUCGAUUAUUCCGACAAGUACCAGGUCUUGUCUUGA